AUGGGGAGGGGGGUGGGGGCUGGCUCUACGAAACAGAAGUGCGGGAACCAAGCGGGGUCCCCAUUGGCUAACAGUCAUAAACCUCCCUACCCUUUCCUCCCCCUCACCCCGUCUGAAGUUUCACCGCACGACGGUGCCGCGGCGCUCUUUGAAGUGGUGACUCAGCCGCAGGCGAAGAGCAAGAUUGAUGGCGCGACAAGAGUGGGGCGCUCAACGCCUUCGUGCGCCGGAACGUCCAGUGCAGAGAGACUGCGCGACCGCCCGACUGCAACACCUCAACUGCCAAAGUAUUCACCGGAGUGCCCCACGUCUGCGCAAUCUGAACUAUCUGGUCCACUAUCCGGUGCGAGACAGAAAGGACAGUCGCGGGUGGAAACAAUGGACGAGCGGGCUCUGGGCUCGAUGCGCGACCCGGAGACGGCGGCAGUAAGUGCGGAGCUGUAGGACGGCGUGUGGCGAAGGUCGCGAUGUGAGCAGCGCCAGGUUGC